GAAACAGAAAAGAGAGGAUCGAACUGCUGAAAGGACAAAAGCAGCUUUCUAAUUUCAAGACUUUUCGAUCGUAACGAUGGCUUUCAGGAAGCCUCAUCAGACAGCAGACAUUACUUGUAUCAAAGAGAUGACCAACGGUGCCGGUAAGGAGAUACUGCCAAAAGGACUCAACAUUAUCUGGGGAAAUGAUCUUCGCUAUUGGAAAAUAACCGAACAAAGUGCAGAGUUGCUACAAGUUUCAUGGCUAGAAGUAUCUGGUAAAGUAAAGGUAGAUAAAGGAAAUAGUUAUUUAGUGAAAUUUGAUGUUACAGUUAAGGAAAACGGAUUCGGUUGGGACAACACCGAUGUACUGGUGAUGGCAAAAAUUGGGAAGAAAGGACCAUACAAAUUUAAGGCAGUAAACUUAAAAUGUGGUACGUCUGGCGUAAUCAUUCCACCAAAUGAUAAUCAACUUAAAAUUGAAGUAGAUCAACAUGAAAAGGAUCUCGAACUUCAUUUUGGAUUGUAUGAAGUUUGGAGUGGAAAAUGGAAGGGAGGCUUGAUAAUCAACAAAGCAGAGGUUGUUAAAGUUGGUAAAAUUUAAUUAUUAUAUUCCAUCAUAUAUUUUAAACUCGACGUUGAACUGUGAUACUGUUCUUGUUCAAUGUUUAUUAAGAAUAACAGCUAGCAUAUGCUCCUCUGAACAUAUGCUACGAUUCUCGACAUUUCUAUCAUAAUAUUUGUAAUAAAUUAAAGGCUUGUUUUUUAUUUUUACUACUGUUGAACCAUGUGAUGCAGAUGUAAAAUUAUCUAUUUACAAUAUUUUA